AUGGCUUCACAAAACCAACAAGGACCCUCUGAUAGUAAGGGUAACACACUGUUAUUAAUGAUUCAUGUGAAGAAAGUAAUUCUUAAACAAUGGAUAGCAGAAUGCUUGGAAAUAGAACAACUCAAACUUAGGUGGGAGAUGCAAUGUGAUGGAUUUAAACCUGAGCCUAAUUUGUUCUUAGAAUCUAAAUCUGAGCCAUUUCAAUUAAAUAAACUGGAAGCAGAAAAUGUAGAUACUAUAUCUCUAGUGACGCAAACUGUCAGUUUAGAUGAUAAGAUCACACUUGAUGAUAAAAUAAGCUUGAAACUGGAACUUGUUAUAGAUAAUUCACCAAAUGUAGUUGUAGGAACAGCCAUUUGUAAACUAAAUACACUAAAGAUAAGGUCGCAGUUAAGUCCAUUUUCGUUUGAAUUGAAAAACGAAGAUGAAAUAUUUAUAGGAUACGUGGACACAUUUUAUGUGUCGCAGCAAAGAUGGGUAAUGAUGAACAAAAACUCUUUACCCAUGAUAAGGAGACCAAACACAAUGGAGGAAUCAACCCCUGAAUCUGAGGCCAAAGAUGAUAGUACAACAAUGAGUUCAGAAUACUUUACUGAUGAUUCUCCAUAUUCUGCGAAUAAUGAUAACUCUGAAGAUGAUUAUGUUAUGAUUUUUUGGAAUUCUGCAAAUACAUGUUUUGUGAGAAACCAUCCAAAUGAUGUUCAACUGCAGGAAUUAUACACAUUCAUGAGUUCCUCUUUAAAAAAUGGAGAUCUAAAUGCUGUAAUCGAACUGACAACUCAGCAAAAUAAUUUACCUAAACCACAAGAGAAUUCGCUUUCUUCCACAUUGUUCAAACAACUAACAUACUCUGAUGCUAAAACUUUGAUGCAUACAUCUCAGUCAACACCGUGUGAUAUAUCAUGCACUAAUGAUACUUCUCAAAAAUCUGGCGAUUCUAGCUCAGUUUCUUCAUCAAGAUCGGCGCUUUCAUUCACUAUUGAUGAAAUUCAACAUAGUAGCCGUUUAUAUACUAGCUCUUUGCCGAGUGUAGAAAGGUUCUUAAAUAAACCUGUAUUCAAUGACCCAACAUCAUUUUAUAAUUACAUCUCUCGUCAAAACAAACAUUUUCAAAGUAUUCUCAGUAAAAGGUUUUUAUCUCCAUCUUCUAGGGUGGAUGACCUUUCCACAGGACGAAGCGCAAUAUCGGAUAGAGUUAAGGUACCUAAGAAAUCUUCCCCCGGCUUUGGUGAAAAGUUAAUCAAACACACACAAUCAACAAUUGAUACUAUGUCAUCCUUUAAUAACAAUUUGAAUAGCUAUUCUGGGCCAAGUAUUGAUACAGUAACUACUGAUUUAGUUUCACUAGAAAAUAAAUCAUCCCGCGAUAUCGUAGAUGAGGAAUCUCUGACAAUAGGCGAUGCAACCAUUACAACUACAAAGACGAUGUUUUCUAACACUACAUUUACUGAUAAGGGUCAGAAUUCUGCGAGACUUAUUGGAUUAACUGAGCACAAACUAUUUAAUAUUUAUGAAGCUAGCCCCGCACCAAUAGAAUACAAGGAGUCUGCAGAUGCGGUGAAUAACAUAUCUUCAUUGGAUCCAGAGCACAUACUCAGCAUUAGGGGAGAUUAUGCCACUCCAAUAUGUGAGAAAUCUGUUACGGUAUAUUCACUCUUUAGCCCCGUAAGUAAUAUGAACGAAAAUGAGAUACAUAGUCCAGAUGAAUCCUUGUAUGAUGCACGAUCAUCGCACGAUUCUACUAGCGUCCCGGAUGAACUGAUAGAACUUCCGUUAAAGUUGGAUAAUUUACGUAAUAUAGAUACUUUUGAGACGACAAACUCUAUUUACUAUCAAAAACCAUACGGUAUUGAUUCAGCACACAAGAACAUAGAGUCCAUUAGAAACUAUUUCAAACAACCACAGAAUGCCUACUAUUUGUCUGAUCAAGAUAUAGAUUAUUCACAGGAUAUGGAUUACGUAUACUUUAACGGUGAUUAUGAAACUGACUCCUUGCUUUGCGAAAGUUCUAUACUAGACUUUAAAAUGAUAAUGAGGGAUUUAAAUACUAUGUCUAACUCUUCAAAACCAUCAGUAAUUGGCAUGAGUUUAAGGGAUUGCUCUCAAGAAACCAUAAACAAUGCUUUGGAAGACGCGAAGUUAUUAAAGUCACAAUGUGAAAUAUUACCAAAAGCUGCCAUUAUAAAGAUUUUCCUAAAAUAUUUAAAUUUUUAUGCAUCAGAAAUGAUAUCCGUUGUAAUUCACUUCGAGACGAUUACGCAAAAACAGUUGGAAACCAUAAAAAAAAUAUCAAACAACGUUGAUGAUGUUAUUAACUACAUAGAUAUCGCACUUACUAUACUUAUUAGUGAAUUGCAAAGUUUGAUAGCAAAUAGGAUUGACAAUAUAAAUUUGGAAACUCUACCUUUUGAAUUUAUGAAACAAAAUAAUACAAGAUACAAUGAAAACCUAUCUAGUAUAGAAUCUCAGGGAAUACACACUAGUGAAGCAUGCAACUUUUUCUUAUAUGAUACACAAACUACAGAGACUGAGAUUGACGACUUCGAAAUAGAUGCACCAGUAGUUGAUAAAAAUAUUGUUUUGCGGAAUGUAAUAACGACAAUGUACCAGGAUGUGGGCUCCAUGGGUUCUAGGAGGCUCGUAUACAUAUCAAAAAUGCAAUCCGUGCAAACAAAGAGCAGAGGCUGUCUAAUAAGAUUUUCAGCUAUAAAGUUGGCAUUUUAUCGCACCUUUUGUGGUAGACGUAAGAUAACGAUAGGUUCUGGACAAAUAUUGAAGGUAUAA